AUGGUGAAAGAAACGAUUCAACAAUCAACAUCUCCAACAGUAAAUUAUCUUUUGUUUUAUGUUAAUGGAAAACAAAUUAUUGAAUAUAAUGUUGAACCUAAUUGGACUCUUCUUUGGUAUCUUAGAAAUAAAUUGAAUUUGACUGGAUCGAAAUUGGGUUGUGGUGAAGGCGGAUGUGGUGCAUGUACAGUACUUAUAUCUCAAUGUCUUGAUCGACAUUCAGGUUAUAUUGAUCAUCGAACUGUUAAUGCUUGUCUUGUACCGAUUUGUUCUGUCGAUGGAUGUCAUAUAAUAACAGUCGAAGGAUUAGGUUCAGUUGCUAAAUCAAAUCUUCAUCCAACACAAUCACGUCUUGCUGAAUUGUUUGCUUCUCAAUGUGGUUUUUGUACACCUGGUAUUGUUAUGUCAUUAUAUGGAAUUGUAACAUCAUCAGAUCAUCUUCAUUCAUCAUUAACAUUACAAGAUAUUGAAGAUGCAUUUGAUGGAAAUCUUUGCCGUUGUACUGGUUAUCGACCUAUUCUUGAUGCUGCAAAAACAUUUGCAAAAGAUAUUAAUAAUUUUUUACCCAGUAAAGAUUCCUUAAUAUCAAAACCAACAUCAACAACAUUGGAUAAAUGUCUUUCGUAUGUUAAAAAAGCUGAUAAAGACUUAAAACAUAUAGAUUUUCCGAAAGAAUUACGUCAACAUAUUCCUCAAUCAAUUUAUAUAAAAGGGUCAUCCGUUGAAUGGUAUCGCCCUGUUACGUUGAAUGAAUUACUUUAUCUUCGUUCAAUUUAUCCUGGUGAUGUAUCAAAACUUGUUUUUGGUAAUACAGAAGUUCAAAUUGAAACAAAAUUGAAACAUUUGAAAUAUCCACGUUUUAUAUCUGUAACACAUAUUGAAGAACUUCAACAACUUAAACGCACAUCAAUAUCAUUAAUUCUCGGUGCUGGUAUUACAUUAACACAUUUACAAGCUAAACUUACUGAAUGGAAUGAUCGAAAACUUGAUGGUGGAAUAUGUCAAGCUCUUAUUGAUCAAUUAAAAUAUUUUGGAUCGACACAAAUUCGAAAUGUUGCUUCACUUGGUGGAAAUAUUGUUAAUGCAUCUCCUAUUUCGGAUGUUAGUCCAAUUCUUCAAGCUGCUAAUGCUCUUUUAGAAUUUCAUCGAACAGAAACUAAUUUAAUCCGAUUUGUAUCAUUACGAGAAUUUUUCUUAGAUUAUCGUCGUGUAGCAAUGACUGAUGAUGAAGUACUUGUUUCUAUUCAUAUUCCACUUCCAUCAUCAUCGAAUAAAACAUUUCUUCGUUCAUAUAAACAAGCACGUCGUCGAGAUGAUGAUAUUGCUAUUGUUAGUGCUGGUUUGCAUGUCGAACUUGAAUCGAUCAAUUCAACAGAUAAACAACAAUGGCGUAUAGUUUGUGCACGUUUUUCAUUUGGUGGAAUGGGACCAAUAACAAUGUUAGCAAAAAAUACUGAACAACAAUUAAUCGGACAAAUAUGGACAAAAACAACUAUUAAUAAAGCAUGUGAAUUAAUAUUGAAAGAAAUGCCAUUAGAUGAAUUGACUCCGGGUGGUCAACCAGAAUACAGACGUACAUUAGUUCAAUCAUUUCUUUUCAAAUUUUAUGUUUAUGUUUGUUCUGAAUUACAUCAAUCAUUGAUUGAUUCAAAAGUACUUUCAAUUGCACAUUCAUAUCAUCGACCAGUAUCUCAUGGUCAACAAAUUAUUCCUAAACGACCAUCUUCACAAAAAAUUGUUGGAACAUCAUUACCUUAUCGUUCAGCUUAUUUGCAAACAACAGGUGAAGCGAAAUAUACGGAUGAUAUGCCUUCAUUAGUUAAUACUCUUCAUGCUGCACUCGUACUUGCAACAGAACCAAAUGCUCGAAUUAAGAGUAUUGAUCUUAGUGCAGCUUCAAAAGUACCUGGUUUUGUUUCAUUUGUUAAUCAUAAAGAUAUUCCAGGCAACAAUAUGACAUGUAAAGUUUUCUAUGAUGAAGAAAUAUUUGUUUCAUCAAUCACACCAUGUAUUGGUGCUAUUAUUGGCGUAGUUUUAUGUGAAACGGAACAAGCAGCUUAUGCAGCUGCUCAUCUUGUUCAAAUUGAAUAUGAACUUUUGACACCAACAAUUUUUACAAUUGAUGAUGCUAUUGCACAUCAAUCUUAUCUAGGUAAUGAACGACGUCUUCGACAAGGUGAUGUUGACAAAGGUUUUGCUGAAGCUGAACAAACUCUCGAAGGAACAAUAUUAAUUGGUGGUCAAGAACAUUUCUAUUUGGAAACACAGUGUUGUAUGGCUAUACCAUCUAAUGAUGAUCAAGAACUUAUAUUAUAUUCAUCAACACAAGAUCCAACUAGAACACAAGAACUGACUGCCUUAGCACUUGGUUAUGAAUCUAAUCAUGUUAGAUGUCAUGUCAAACGUAUAGGUGGAGGAUUUGGUGGAAAAGAAUCAAGAUCAAUCAUUCCUGCUAUAGCUAUAGCAGUGACUGCUGUAAAAGCUGGUCGUCCUGUUCGUUUAAAUAUGGAACGUGAUAUUGAUAUGUCUGUUACUGGUCAACGUCAUCCAUUUAAAAUUCAAUAUAAAGUUGGCUUUACAAAUGAUGGACAAUUGACAGCACUUGAUAUUCGUUUAUGGUGUAAUGCUGGAUGUUCACUUGAUCUUUCACAAGCAGUUAUGGAUCGAGCAAUGCUUCAUAUCGAUAAUACUUAUCGAUUUCCAAAUAUUGAAGUACGUGGAUAUUUAUGUAAAACACAUUUACCAUCUAAUACAGCUUUUCGUGGUUUUGGUGGUCCACAAGGUCUUUUUGGUUGUGAAACAAUUAUUGAUCAUGUUGCGACACAUCUUAAAGUUGAUCCAUUGAUUAUUCGUCGUUUAAAUAUGUAUAAACAAGGAGAUUUAACACAUUUUAAUCAACCAUUAGAACGAUGGAAUGUUCCUCGAUUAAUGGAUGAACUUCUUAAAUCAAGUGACUUUUUUCAACGAAAAAAAAAUAUUGAAGAAUUUAAUCAAUUAAAUACUUAUAGAAAACGUGGUAUAACUAUUCUUCCAACAAAAUUUGGUAUUGGGUUUGCAGCAAAAUGUUUUAAUCAAGCAGGAGCUUUAGUUCAUAUUUAUAAAGAUGGUUCAGUAUUACUUAGUCAUGGAGGCACUGAAAUGGGCCAAGGUCUUCAUACGAAAAUGAUAUCUAUAGCUGCUGAAGUUUUAGGUUGUGAUGUUAAUCGAAUAUGUAUAAGUGAAACAGCAACGGAUAAAGUACCUAAUACAAGUCCAACAGCAGGAUCAGUUUCAUCGGAUUUAAAUGGUAUGGCUAUUCAAAUUGCAUGUGUACAAAUACGUGAACGACUAGAUAAGAUUCUUGCUGAGAAUGAUGGCAAUCUUUCAUGGGAAGAUCUUAUUAAAAAAGCAUAUUUUUCACGUAUUGAUUUAUGUGCACAUGGUUUUUAUGCAACACCUGAACCAAUAGGUGCAGAUUUUCCGAACAAUCGAGCAAAUUAUAAUUAUUUUACACAAGGUGCAGCAGUAACUGAAGUGGAAUUGGAUACAUUAACAGGUGAUUGGCAUAUUUUACGUGUAGAUAUUCUUAUGGAUGUUGGUACAUCACUCAAUCCUGAAAUUGAUAUUGGUCAAAUUGAAGGUGCCUUUAUACAAGGUAUGGGUUUAUUUACAAUGGAAGAACUUAUUUGGGGUGAUCAUACACAACAUAAAUGGACAAAACCAGGUAGUUUAUGUACUCGUGGACCAGGCACAUAUAAAAUUCCAUCAUUUAAUGAUGUUCCACUUGAUAUGCGUGUGGAACUUCUUUCUGAUGCAUCAAAUCCUCGAGCUAUUUAUUCAUCAAAAGGUAUUGGUGAACCACCACUUUUUCUUGGUGCUUCAGUGUUUUUUGCACUUAAAAAUGCUUGUAUGGCUUAUCGAGAACAACAAGGUUAUUCAGGAUAUUUUCCAUUAAAUUCACCAGCUACUGUUGAACGACUUCGUAUGGCUUGCACUGAUGAAUUUACUGAACGAGCAUGUGUUAAUAAACAUGAAACAUUUCAAGCUAGAGGUUCUUAUUGA